AUGUUUUUGUCAACUUUUCGUAAUAAUAUUAUUAGAAAUAAUUCUCUAAUUAUCAAGAAAGUUGUUGGUACUCAAAAUGAUAUUGCUCUAGUAACUUUAAAUAAUCCAAGAACAUUUAACAGUCUAAGUAAAUCUUUGAUGACUGAAUUAGAAGUAUCAUGUAAGGAAGCUGAAAACGAUCCUUCAAUUAAAUAUAUUUUACUUACAAGUUCCAUUGAUAAAGCAUUUUCACAAGGUGCUAAUAUUAAUGAAAUAAGUCAAUAUACUUAUGAAAAAAUAGUGGAGGAAGAUUUUCCAAAACAAUGGUACUUUUUAGAUGACAUUAAAAAGCCAAAAUUUGCUUUAGUCAAAGGAAUAUGUUAUGGUGGUGGAUUAGAAUUGGCAUUAAUGUGUGAUAAAAUUUUAGGAACCAAAAAUGGCUUAUUUGCUCUUCCGGAAAUCAAACUCGGUAUUAUACCAGGAUGUGGUGGAACACAAAGGCUUCCCAAAAAAAUAGGUAAAUCAUUGGCUAUGGAAAUGAUUUUAACUGGUAAUAAAAUGACAGCUGUCGAAGCUUAUGAGGUAGGUCUGCUGGAUGUUCUUCUUCAAUCUACACCACAAAAUUCCUUAGCAGAAACAAUAGAAUUUAUAGAAGAAAAAAUAUAA